GAGUAGUGAGUAGUGAGUUUAAGAGAAAGUAGAAGAGAGGAGAGAGAGAAAGAGAAAUAGAGAGAGAGAGAGAAAGGGUGGUGGUUUGGAUCAAAGAUCAAUGAAGGGCAGUGGCUGCAGUGAAGCAUCAUCUGGUGGAGGAAACAUGAAUGUGAAACCUGCAUGGCUAGAGAAGCUUAUGGCUGAGACAUUCUUUGGCAAUUGUGGGGUCCACCAGAAUCAAAAGAAGAACGAGAAGAACGUCUUUUGCUUGCACUGUUACCUUAGCAUCUGCCCCCACUGUCUCCCUUCUCACCGUUCCCAUUCCCUUCUCCAGGUGAGAAGGUAUGUGUACCAUGACGUGGUUCGAUUGGGUGACCUAGAAAAGCUCGUCGAUUGCGCCAAUAUUCAGCCAUACACCAUUAACGGUGCCAAAGUGAUAUUCUUAAAUCAGAGGCCACAGUCAAGGUCAUUUAAAGGCACUGCCAACACUUGCUGCACUUGUGACAGGAUUCUUCAGGAGCCCUUUCACUUCUGUUCUCUGUCAUGCAAGUUUGAGGGUCUAAGUGUUGAUUGCUAUACCCAAUUUGUCCCCACUUCCUCUGAGGCUACCACUAGCAUGGCCAACAACAACAACAAGCAGAACACAAAUGGCUUCUUCAUCUCUCUUGGAAGCAGAAGAAAGGGGGCUCCCCAUAGAGCUCCUCUUUCCUAGCCAAAAAUAAUGGCUACAUUAAUUGACAUUCAAUUCUGAACAAAUAAAUGGGUCUCAGUUUUUCUUAGCAUCCUUUCUGUUGUUUGCUUAUGUGUUUGAGUUAUGAACCGCACCUGCAUUUGAUUUGUAGAUUCUUUUCAUUGCCAUCUCAGGUGGUGGUUAUUCAAGCCACUAAUUUUGUGUUUAGGAUGGAAUGAAAUGUACUCAUUUUUAUUGCCUGCUGUUUAUCAAAUACAAUGUUCUAUGAACUAAGUCUUGUUUCUCACA